UUUUUUUUGGUUGUUAUUUUCUCUUUUUGUUACAUUUCUAUUACAACUAUUUUUUUAAUUCUGAUCCUUGCUUAAUUUGAAUUCAUUUUUUGUUUAUACUGAGAAACAGCGUUACGGAAAGGAACUCGACAAGCUGCUAGUCUAAUGACCUCCAGUGGAAACAAAAUUAAAGUGGUCUGCCGUGUGCGCCCGUUUCUGAAGACAGAAAAAACAGACGAGUCAGUAGGUGUGGAGGCCAACAAUGUGCUACGAGUCACCAACCCCAGAGACACCACCAAGGAUGUCAAGUUUAAUUUUGACUCGUGCUAUGGGCCAGUUGUCGGCCAGGACGUGAUUUACAACAACGACGUGCGACCACUAGUAGAGACUAUAUUCACCGGCUUGUCAGCCACCGUGUUUUGCUACGGAGUGACUGGCGCGGGAAAAACACACACAAUACAGGGAUCGGAGACCGAGCCCGGGAUAAUCCCGCGCGCGAUGGAGCACAUAUUCAAGCACCAGGAGCGCGAUUCCUUUGACUACGACAUUCGGGUCAGCUACUACGAGAUAUAUAAGGAGGCUGUUUUUGAUUUGCUCAAGCAACGUGAUUCUGUGGCCGGCCUGCCCAUUCGCGAGGACGCCAACCGCAAGAUUUUUGUUGCCGGGCUGUCCGAGAAGAAGGUGACGUCCUAUGAGCAGUUCGAUACACUAUACCAGAAGGCCUGCGGGAACCGGCGAACGGCCAGCACAAAGCUUAACAACCACUCGUCAAGGUCGCACGCAAUUCUGACCGUGCAGGUCCAGUGGAAGGACGACAUUGGUAGCGGCAAGACGUGGUGCGGGCGCCUGCAUUUGAUAGAUUUGGCCGGAAGUGAGGAUAACCGGAGGACAGAGAACGGAAAGGAUCGGAUGGCCGAGAGUAGCGCUAUCAACCGCAGCCUGUUUGUGCUCGGUCAGGUCGUUGAGGCCCUGAACAUAGGUGCAUCGCGCAUUCCGUACCGUGACUCAAAGAUGACGCGCAUUCUACAGGACUCUUUGGGCGGCGACAGCCUGGGCAUGAUGAUCGUCAAUGUAUCUCCUGGUGAGGCCUUUUUGCAAGACACGCACAAUACGCUGAACUUUGCCACAAAAUCGCGCGAGGUCGUUAAUAAGCCAGUGGCCCACGAGGUAGUCGAGCAGCGGUGGUCGGUGUCGGACAGGAUGCAGCACCAUCGCGGAGUGGGCCGUCCGAUGCGCUCAGCCGUGGUCUCUUGCGCUUCUGGAACGCUGGCCGCAUCUUCGGCUAUUGGCAGCGGCGGUGUGAAGCGCGGACGGUCCGACGGACUCGACGAGUCGGAGGGAGAGGACUUGCCUUUGAACGAUAACUGCACGCAGCUGGCAGCAGGUGCCCAGCGACGCAUAUCGCCGGCUGGCGGUCUGCAGAGCAACCACCCGGAUGCAGCUUCCCGGCGACCUGCCCCCCAGCAGGCCGACUUUGUGCAAAAGGUUGUGACAGCUCGGUUUAGCGAAAUGGAGCAGAAGAGCGAGUCGGCUAGCAACAAGAUAAUGGAGCGCGUCGAGCAGCUCGAAAAGCGGCUCAACGGCAAGCAGCUGGACUCUAACGCGGUUCUCGACCUAUUCACGCCCUCCACAAAGCUCAAGACCAGCCGCGGGUGGCUUAAACACGCUCGCGAGUUGGAACAGGCCGGCCACCUCGAGCGUGCGCUGACUCAUUAUGAAGAAGCCCUGCGCUAUGCUCCUGGUCUGAACAAGCUCGAGGCGCAUAUCACUAAGCUGUGCGCCAAAAUUCGUCGAGAGAAGCGCCGGAGCUCGAUCAAUAGCCACGGCGAGGCCAAUGUCAUAGUCAGCGAGAGGACCGGCAGCGCGCCGAUAAUGAAGAACGGGAUGCUUGUGGGUGACGGAGACGACUUUGAGAAGGUCAGCCCAAUGUGGUUAAAUAAUGGCCAGGACGAGUCUCCGAGUGCUGGCAAGGGGAGGGGCAGGCAGCGCACAUUAGCGUCUACACUACUGUCCAUGGUGGCCGAUGCCAAAAAUGGAGACAAGACAAGUCAAAAGCCGCAGCAGCUGCCCGCUCACAAGCCGCUGUUUUUUCCAAAAAUCAUGGCCGAGACUGCAGCGGCAACGGCAAAUGCUACUGCUGCAAAUGAUGCCGCUACUGCCACUGCCGCUGCCGCCGCCACUGCUGCUGGCAAGCCAAAUAUGAAGCGCGUCAGGCUGCUCGGCGACGCAGGCAAAAAGUCCGGUGUGAUUCAAAAUAGGUUUGUCAAUAUUACUGAGGGUUCUGUGCACGACCGCCAGCGGCUGAGCUUUGGCACCAGCAGCUUGAAUCCGUUUGUCGUUGGUGGCGAGGAAUUCCAGUCAGACUUGCGAACCCGCCUGGAGACUAAAAAGGUACCCGUGGCCACCCUGCGUGCCACCAAGCUUGACGCCAAGAGCUCUGCCGCAGCCCGUCUGCGCCGCGCAUUGCCAGACCCAGCGACGCCAGAAGACCGCCGCGACAAGGACUUUGUCUUGCACAGUGGCGACGAGGACGAUGCUGAGGACAUGCUAUUGGUCGAUGAAGACUCGCGAAACAGCUUGAAAAAAGCGAAUCCAAAGGCACGUCGGGGCGGGCGUGUUCCCGGAUCGCUGAGUGUACGAGGCCUGGUGGAGCGCCGGAUAGCAGAAAAGGGCGAGCAAGGUGAUGAAGGUCGGUCGGAGAGCCGGGGCGAGCGCCUUUCUGACAUGUCUGCAUCUUCAAAGACAAAGACGAGUCCAUCGACAGCUGUUGGUACUGCUGAGGAGAAAUUGUCGUUGGGCCAGUUCAACGAUAUCUGUCUGGCAAGCGCAGUGCAGAUGAUCAAUUCAGGGGAGGUCAAGAAAAUAAUGAAGCUUCAGGGUAUUGGCAAGAGGCGCGCUGAGCAAAUUCAAGAUUCAGUGCAGAGCGCUGGCCCGAUUUCUCACAUUUUGGAGCUGCAGGCGCGCUUGCAGUUCAAGAACAAAAUUAUUUUGGGCAUUCUGUCAACAUUUGCGUGAGUAGUUUUUUCUUCUUCUUUCGCUUGGUUUAUUAUCAUUCGUAAAAAUUGUACAUCUAAAAAAUAUACUGCUU